UAAAAUUCGCUGGCUUGGUAAACUACACGCGCCGUGGGAACGCUCUUGCGCGUCUAGGCGCGGUAUAGCUCGGCCAUGCUCGCGUCUAUCCGAAAAUUGUCGGUCCGAUGUGUCCGCGCCAAAGUAAACGAGCCGCGCAUUUAGACAGCGUUCCCACAGGCGUGCGGUUCGGCGAGCCAUUGAUAGUUGUUUCUAUACGUUUUUUGGUGUUUUAUUUUGCAAUUUGGUGUUUUUUAUUUUUUAAUCAUUAUUAAAAUUAAUUAUUAUCAUGGAAUGGUCAAAUGAUGAGGUAAUAGAGUUUUUGCAACUAUAUGAAGGAUAUCCACAAAUUUGGAACCCACGCCAUCCGGGUCAUAAAAAUAGGAAUAUAGUUCACGAUGCGUGGAAAGAAAUAGAAAACAAAUUAAGUGUCAAAACUGAUAUUACAGAAAUAAAAAAAAAAAAAGAUUCUCUAAUGGCUACUUAUAGAAAACUGCUAAACAAAGUCAAAGCAAGCAAGGGUACUGGGAGUGGUACCAAAGACGUUAUUCAGCCCGACUGGUUUGCCUACAAUGCAAUGUCAUUUCUGCAUGGGAUUUACGUUGCAAAAAAAACAAUUUCAACAGAGUUUGAAAAUUUGGUGGAUGACGACAACACGACUGAAAAUUGUCAAUUGCACGACACAACUGAAAUCGAUGAUCCUCAGACUCCGGACUGCAAUUUUAAGAGCCCAUCUCCGUCAUCCAGUAAAUUAAGUAAAAAAAGAAAAUCAAAUGAUAAAGUGGAAGUGAUUGAGAACAAGAUGGACGAAGCAUUUACAAUUUUAAAACAAAUUACACAAACUCCGGCCAAAAAUAAGUGUACACUCUUUACCGAUUUACUUUGCGCUAAAUUAGAAUCCUUAAAUGAAUACAAACAAGACAUUGCAAUGAUGGAGAUUGACAAUCUUAUGUUUCGGUUAAAACAUUCAGAUAACCAAAUGGUACAGCCUCAACCACCCUAUAAUCAAUUUCCAAGUACCAAUAUCCCGACAUAUUAUCCUCAACAGUUACAACAUGAUAAUUAUUCAACAGCAUCAUCAUCAUCAUCAUCAUCUAUUCAGCCACUACCAUCACCAGAGUACAUAUCUUCUACGCCAUCUACAUAUUACCAUCAACAUUUUCAACAAUUGCAAAAACCAACAGCAACAACAUUACAACACAGUAAUGUAGGAGAAAAAAAUUGUUGACUGUUGAUCAAGAUACUAAUUUUGGUUCAUCCUACUAAAAUAAGCAUAUUAUAACAUACAAUUUAGUAGGUAUGUAGGUACUAAAUAUUGUUUUAUAGGUACAUAGAAGAUAU